AACAUUUUAUAAUGUGCACAGAAGACUUGGCGGCGAACAUGGCGCUCCCAUUGAGGCGCUGUUGCAUGCGGACUUUAGGGACUAAUUACUGUGCUUCUUUGUUAAACGUUCCGUGUUGCCCCGACGCCGGGAGAUCCGCUUUUGUAGCGACAGUGCCGGUUUUAUCUGGACACAGAUUAAUGAACACAAAUUCAUCCAGGAAGUGUGGCUCUCUGUCCAGGUGCAGUCUGAGGUUACCGCGGUCCGUGCCGAAUGCCUGCCACUACAGUGCGGUCCACAGCGAUGCCAAAGUGAAAGAUCCGUUCACACUUGCUCAGAAAGACUUGAAAAACUUGUAUGAUGACAUUAAAAAGGAAUUGUUUGUUUCUACGGCAGAACUGAAGUCUCUGUGCCACUACUACUUUGACGGGAAGGGCAAAGCCUUUCGGCCCAUGAUCGUGGUGCUGAUGGCACGGGCCUGCAACCUCCACAGCAACAGGGACGGUGACCUUCUGCCUGCACAGCGGUCGAUAGCGAUGAUCUCGGAGAUGAUCCACACCGCCAGCCUGGUUCACGAUGAUAUCAUCGAUGGAUCUGAUACCAGGAGAGGGAAAAAAACCAUCAAUGAAGUCUGGGGUGAGAGAAAGGCAGUCCUGGCUGGGGAUUUUAUCCUGUCCGCCGCAUCUAUGGCCCUGGCCCGAAUCGGCAACAAUGCUGUAGUGACAGUCCUGUCCCAGGUCAUCGAGGACCUCGUGAGAGGUGAAUUCAUGCAGCUGGGAUCCAAAGAGAAUGAGAAUGAGAGAUUUAAACACUAUCUGGAGAAGACCUUCAAGAAGACUGCGAGCCUGAUAGCGAACAGCUGUAAAGCAGUAUCCAUUCUUGUAAACCCUGAGCCCGAGGUACAUGAAAUUGCCUACCAGUAUGGGAGGAAUGUGGGAAUCGCAUUCCAGCUUGUGGAUGACAUGCUUGACUUCACAUCUUAUGCAAACCAGCUUGGGAAACCCUCGGCGGCAGACCUCAGGCUGGGCUUAGCCACAGGACCUGUGUUGUUCGCCUGUCGCCAGUUCCCUGAGCUGCAUGCGAUGAUCAUGAGGCGGUUUAGCUUAAACGGAGACGUGGACCGUGCCUGGAGAUACGUUCUGCAGAGCGAUGGUGUCGAGCAAACAAACUACCUCGCUCAGCGCUACUGCCAGGAAGCCAUCCGGCAGAUCAGCAAGCUUCACCCAUCUGCAGAACGCGAGGCACUGAUCCGGCUGACAGAGCUGGUCCUGACCCGCAACAAGUGACCAGAGUCCAGCCACCCACACGCUUGAGGCAGCUACUCCUUGUAGCGGGACCUUGUGGAGGGAGCAAGAGAAGCAGCUCCCUGCUGCUCGCAGUCUGAUAGAUCAGAGGAAAAUGUUAUUUUACGCAAUGGUGAAACAUCACUGUACUGUAAAUGUUGCACUGUCAAGAUUACUGAAAGUGCAAAUUCUGUACUUGAUGCCACUUCCACUCAACCUCAAGUGGACUUGUUUACAGUGUCUAGGAAUCCG